AGUAGCGAUGUUUUUAACCUUGCAAAUAUAAUUUUAAGUUCGUUAAAAGCAAGUGACAACUAGUUUUCUUUUGAAAAGUUCUAUUGUUCUUUAAUUUCAUAUGUAAUAAAAUUUUGUUUGUAAUGUAUGAAACGGAAAAGAGUUGUAUUAUAUGUAUAAAUAGUGAUUGAAUUCACUAAAUUUUGACAUAGAAAAGCUAAUAAUAAUAAUAAUUUCAAAAUAUAACCUCAACAAAUUAAAGGUUAUGCUUCGAAUAUAGACGUUUAAAUAUAAUGUCGGGUUUAGAAUUAAUAAGUACGUAUAUUUCUGAUUCUGAGGAUGACGAAGUUAUUAGUGAUAACUCCAAUAACUCAUCUAAUAAUGUUUUGCAACGUUUACCUUUACCUGGAGUUAUUGCAACAUGGAAAGGUGUUUCACAUCAUGAAGAAGUCAGUGAUAGUCCAUCACAACAUGAUGGACGAGUAAGAAGUUUUAAACAUGAGCGUGGUAACUGGGCAACCUUGGUUUAUCUUGAUUAUGAACCCAGCGAAGCCAUGUUAUCCUGGAUAUUGUCAGUAUUAGAAGAAUUACCAAUUAAAUGUAAUAUAUUUCGUGAACAGUUUCAUAUUAGCAUAACAAGAACUUUAAUUUUAAAAUUUCAUUGGAUUGAAUCUUUCGUAGAAGAAAUUAAAAAAUUAUGUGAGCAGACUGAUGAAUUUAAUCUAGAACUUUUGAAUUUACGAGCAUAUUGUAAUGAAGACAAAACACGUACAUUUCUUGGAAUAGAAUGUAUCGAUGACAAAGGAAUUCUGGAUCAUUUUGUAAAGAAUCUUAAUAAUUCUUUGGCAGAGUACAAUUUGCCACCCUUCUACGAAGAUUCUUCAUAUCACAUUAGUUUUCUGUGGUGUCUUGGUAAUGAAACAGCAAUUUUAAACGAGUUUACAUCUUCCUUAACAGACAAGUUGAAUCAAUUUUUAAUUGAACAUACAGAAGAUAGAUAUAUACAUGUUAAUAAAGUACAUCUUAAAAUAGGGAACAAAUUGUAUGCAUUCAAAUUAAGCUAAUUAAAAAUAUUAUUGCAUUCUCACGAUUUGUUAUUUGUUAUUAUUACAUGAAAAUAGCAUGUUAUGAAAUAGCGACAUUUCCAAUCAGUAGGGAAUAGCGACAUCUCCAAUUAAACAGUACAAAGGAAGCAAUAAAUUCUUGUACUUAGUAUUUGUAACAUAUAUUUUUUUACUUAUAAUUUUUUAAAUUAUAACAUACGAUAAAUUAAUAUAUUGUUCAUUUAACAAUAAUUUUUUUUUAUUUAAAAUAUCGGUUUCAACAUUUAAUAGGUCAAUAUCAAUAAAAUUUUGAUAAAUAAAUGGUAAAUAAUGCGAUUAUAUAAUAACAAUGUAUUUUAUUGCUGUUAUACAAAGGCGAGUACCGUAUAUUAAUGUGUGUAAAGUAUUUAGCGCAUCCACGAUCAACGUGGUACCGGAGAAUAAUGAUAACACUCGUCAGACUUCUAACUCAUAUAAAAACAUUGUAUCUCAGUAACCAAAUUAUUUACAGUUGUUUCGUUGUUUUAUACAGAUGUUUUACCUAUUUGUCUACUGCUUUUUCAGGAAAAAGCGUGACUUACUAUGUACACAAUAGCGUGCGAUUGUUU